AUGAAGAAAAGAGCCAAAGAUGUGAAGAGAGUUCGGGCUUCCAAAAAGGAAUCGUCGAAGCAAGGGAUGGCCAUUUCUCGCUCCAUUGACGUGUUCCAGGGUCGAUGUGAGAAGGCUAAGGAUCAGUUACAUACGAUGCUCCGGAGAUUGGGUGGCAUUGGGGCCCCCGCAGUGGUGAUGCAGUUGGUCACCUUGAUGUUCAUGAACCUUGGACCGAUCAACAUCAAUCUGGAUGCAUGUGAGUAUUUCGCAGGAGAGCAAGCAGUGACAUCAGCCUGGGCUGGCAAUGGAUAUCGGAUUGCUCCAUUUGAGAUCAAACUGAACCCAUUGAUGGACAUUUUGUCAGUUCCCGGGUUUUGUAUGGCACUGCUGAUGGUGAUGAUGGUCAAAGACCAUGGUUUUUCGAUGAUAGCCACGGUGUGCAGUUCGUGGGUGUUUGUAUCCCGAUCUGUGACAAAGCGAUCUCUCUGGCAGCCACUUGGGGACAGCUCAGUGAAAUCUGUGAAGUGUGGCAACGUGAUGGUGGCUCGAAUGGCCCUGAUCAUAUGGAUACUUGAGUCGAAGCUUGCAAUGUGGCUCUAUGAACAACCCCACACAUCGAUGCUCUUUCAGCACCCAAGAAUGCAGGAGUUGCUGAAGUCCUUGAAUGUGUAUAGGUGUCAUAUGUAUAUGGGUAGCUACGGUACCAAGUCACCGAAGCCUACACACCUUUGGUCACCUACACCUACAGUGAAUAUGUUUAACCUACCCCUGCCUGGGGGCAAGGAAUGGGCACCCAUGGUGUCCAAGAAGCUGAUGCCCGAUGGGCGUGUCCAAGUUACGGGCAACAGCUUGUUGAAAAAUUCCCAAACAUAUCCACGUGAGUUUGGAUUUGCAACCCUUCGGGUGUGGAAAAUGACUGAACAAAGGGAGUUUCCAAAGGAAAACACCCCUCCCAAAAACCUUUUGCAGAUGAAGGCAAAAGACAGCUGGAAAGAUGCUGAUCUCAAAGAUGUGUUUCAAUUUCUUAGCUUGGGAACAUUCAAAUCGUGA